AUGGUUCGCUUGAACUUGGCCGCAGUCCUGCUCUCCUUAGGGGGAGCAGAUGCCUUGUCAGAUCGCCUUCUUCCUCGAGAAACUGUUCAACUAAUGGCUGAUGUUUUCGGCAUGUCUCCUCUCCCUACUGACCCUCCUGGAGUUCCCCGUGGACUUCCAAAGGAAUUGGCGGCUCGAGCAGUGCGGACAGCGAUUGAUUAUCCGGCUCCUGGAUAUUAUUGCGGUCUGGUAAACGGCGAUAUUAAUAACCUGUUGACUUGUGCGUUUGCUGGUGCCAACUGCGUACAAUACGGUACAGCUGUGGGCUGUUGCGCAAGUUCAAAUGCCCAACAAUGUACCGACAUAGCGACUAAGUGUUUGAAUUGGGAAGACAAAUGCGACGAGGCAUGUUCAAAAGAUCCUAGAAUUAUUCGAUGUGCAGAAACGACACUGCCUUUUUGUGGAACAUACUUCUUUGGUAAUGGCAAACAACUCUUGGGGUGCAGAGCAUCCGUAGGUGUGUCGUCACAGGUUGUUCUGUUAUCAGAGUACUUUUCCUCCCGUUAUGGACCAAACUAUCAGACUCUAGCGGGUACAUCAUCAGUUCUGUCGAUGUCUCUCUCUCCUGGCACCGCAACCGAAACUGCAGAGCCGACGGCUACCCGCACCUCGCCUUCAAAACCCCAAAAUUCUGGUGACGUUAUUGGUGACAAGGAUGACGGCGAUGGGGGGAAGGGUAAAAAGAAGCUUGGAGGGGGGACAAUUGGUGGAAUUGUUGCCGGAGCUGUUGUUGGUAUCAUUGCUAUCGCUGCAAUCAUCGUAUUCUUCUAUCGUAAAGGCAAGAAGAACGGUAGUACUCAGGGUCUAGCACCAACUGCACCGUUGAUGCAAGAACAACAAUACGGCCAACCUGUAGUUGGAGCGGGGUAUUUUGCACCCGAACAAAAGGCCCCGCCAUACAGCCCCGGCUAUGCUCCUCAGGUCCACCAACCCCCGCCAGGUCCGUCCGAAAUGGCAGGCUCGCCCAUUCAAAACCCCCUACAGGCGCAAUCACAGCCUCUUCUAGGUGCAUCAACCGAAUACUAUAACCAAAGCAGAGGAAAUUCAUAUAUACAGCCCGGAAGCCCGCCGACAAACUCUACCAGUCCUCAGCUGGGUACCUCGCGUCCAGUAAGCCUGCACCGGCUGAGUGCGACACACAAUGGACCCGUACCGGAGGAUAUCUAUGAAAUGCCUGCUGCUGACAGAAGGCGGUGA